AUGGAUGCAGAUGCUAAGGACGAAGGUUACAAACUUCCACCAGAUUUUCAAGAAAAUACUAAAGAAGCACUUGUCGAUUUCACUGUGACCGACUCCACAGAGCUUUGGCUCAUUGAUUUGCCUAAAGAUCAAAAUCCUGAUUUCAAUGGUGUUGAACUGUCGCUCAAGCUUCAUAAUGAUGGAACGUUGGGCAGUUUUGAGGCUCCAUCAGGGAAAGAAUAUGAAGUGGUCAGUAGUGCAGCUGAGCAAAAGGCUACAGUUUUUGUAUCUUCUGCUUCGGGCACAAAAAUUGCUGGGAAGAUUUCACGGAGAGUUUCUUUUGUGCAUUACCCAGAGCCUAGUGAGCUUAAAGAAAGACUAAAUUCCAAAAGAUUGAAAAAAAUGUAUCAGGAAUUACCAUCUGGAGUGUUGACCCAAUCUUCCAACAAUUUUGCAACUCCUACACGAAGUUCAGUGCCGAGAAACUCACAAUCAGCAGGUGGACGUUCAGCCUCUACUCAUAGUAGCAGACCUAAAAGUUCCAUACAUAGUGUUGGCGAGCAAUCACAGCAUCGAAAGAAAAGGCAUACACCCGAACCUAGUAGGUCCAUGAACCGGUCUUCCCAAAACUCAGGACGAGGUAGUGCAGUCAGUUCCUUAGGACAAGGUAAUAGUGGAAUCAGUUCCUUAGGACAAGGUCAUAGUGGGGCUACUUCCUCAGGACAAGGUCAUCAUGGUAAAUCAAGGAAGAAAGUAAAAGAUGAGAAUUGA